AUACUUGGGAAGAGCUGCGCAGACGUGCAGCAGCAACACAAACACACAUCAGCCGACAGUGAAGCGCAGCUGCUUGUCUGCGGUUAUUCGAAUUCAAACCUUCUGCCCUAUCGAUCCCGACCAGGCAGAAGCACAAUUAAGUGGCCUGCAGGGGUUUGAGUGCAUCUUCAUGCUCUCGGUCAGCUGGGCCUCAUGGAUGACGGACAGUGGCAGAGCGAUGGCCCAGCGAGGCGGGGAGGAGUAACUGACCAAGACCUACUAAACGACUCCGAGUCCAGCCGCAGCCCAGACGAGAACCAGAACCGGCUGGUGGAGGAGGCAGACGAGGUGGAACAGGGGCCCCAUGGAGGACAGAGGCCCCUCCAACAGGAUAACAAUAAUAACAAUGGUGACGAUGAAGAUUAUGACCACUCCAAGGUGGAGGAUGAAGAAGAGGAGGAGGAAGAAGUAGAUAGCAACAGUGGCGCAUACUCUCCAGAGCUGGAUGGACAAAUUCGAGACUCGCCAACACCUAGUCCCAGUCCCACAGUGUCAGAGGGCCUUGUCAGCCCUGAAGGGCCCCUUCACAGUGAUGCUGGUUCACCCCAGGGCUUCAGUCACUCCCUUGCUGUUUCUCUUCAGGAGUUGGGGGAGCAGGGAGACCAUCCGCUUCUGCCACAGUACCUCCACCAGAUUGCAGAGUCGUUUAUACGUGAGGAGGACUAUGAGAGAGCAGUCAGGUUUAUACAGCUAGAGAGACUCUUUCAUGAACGUCUGCUGUCCAACCUCGCCACCCUACAGGAACAGUGGGAGAGGAGAUUGAGUUUGGUUGGCCGGUGUCAGGACGGUGUAGAAGACAGAGCGAUUGACCUGGAUGCAAAACACCUGGAUAAACUGAGACACAUCUGCAGAACGCACAGGCAACCUGUACGGAGCAUUGAGAAGUGUGAGGUGGUGUCCAAAGUGCAUAGGAACAGUGUGAUGAGUGACAGACAGGGAGGAGAGAACAACCUGAACACUCAAGUGCUUUCAUGCAGCUCAGGGAAGGUUAUGGAGGAACACAGUACAAAUGAAACACUCAUCCAGCCAGAUGAUCGUAGCAGCACCGCCCCACCACCCCAGCAGAGCGAACAGCAGCAUGACCCCUCCCCCCACUCAGCCACACCUACUUCCUCCUCCUCAGCAGUGACGGACAGCUCUUUUUCUCCAGCCUGUGAGGAUGCAAGAGAAGGAGAGGAGAGAGUGAGUUUGGUGGCUUCCCACCAGGAUGCAUCAUUGGAGCCUGAGCGUCUACCAUCUGAGCCUCAGAUGGACACUGUCGGCUCUGGACUGGUGAUGGAGGGGAUGGGGGACACUGUGGAUACAGGGCAGGAUGUGGUGGAGACACACACUAAGGAGGAAGGUGGAGGGGAGGAGGAAGAGGAGGUAGUUGAGGAGGUUCUGAAGCUGGAUCAUCAGGACGUUCAUGAGAAUAAUCCUGAGUUGGAUCUGGAAGAGAAUGGACACGGGGUUGAGACAUUGGACAUCACGACUGUGUCCUCGCUGGAUGACAUGGCCAAGCGCAUACAGGUGGAGGAGAUCACUCCAGCUGCAGGCCUCGUGUCUAUCUUAAAGAGAAGGGCAUCUCUGGAUGGAGCCAACGUUUCCACCCCUGCUGUCUCUAAGCCCAUCUCAAAACGAAAGGUCCGUUUCCAAGAGCCUGAAGAAGGACUGGACCUUGAUGAGGUGGGCGGAGACUCUUGGCUGCUCCUCCUCUUGUUGUGCUUGGCUACUGUGGUGAUCAGUUUGGGUGGGACUGCACUCUACUGCACUUUUGGAGAUGCCCAAUCCAGCGUGUGCACAGACUUCUCCCAUAACAUGGACUUUUACAUCAGCCAGGUGCAGCGGGUCAUGGAAGAACUCAAACACUGGCUGUCCCCGAGCUCAUAGCAGGGCAACGAAGGGCAGUUUGAGAUGGACCGGCUCUUGCCAGUUGCCUCCAUGAUCUCUGAAUUAACGUGGAUGUGUAUUGGCUGACAACAAAAAUGGUACAAUAUAUUUGAUGCUGAGACUUAAAAAAGGGGAUAUCUAUCCCUGUGAAGACUUGGGAAACCACUUGGCCAGUUUUUCACUCAAGUAGCCCACUGUUUACUGCCAUCAACUGAACCUCAUAAAAAGAGACUUCGUUUUUAAAGUCUUAAAUCAAAAAUAUUUAUAUAGGGUUGAUAGAAUUGUGUCUUUUUUAUUCAUACAAAUAGGGAUUGGCUGUGUUCGGAAUGGAGUACUAUUCUACUUUUUAAGAAAUACUGCACAGUAUACACUUUAUACUAUUUUUUUUUUUUUAAAUAAUAAGUGAAAUGUUAUUCCAUGUUAAAUAUUUCAAAGAUUAAUAUGCUACAUUGUUGUCACGUCUCCUUAAGUGAGUGGCAUAUAUCCAGUUAUCACCUCAAAAAUGUAAUUUAAUGUUUAAUUAUAUAUAUAUAUA